UUAGUGCGCGUGAGAGGAGACAGCAGCAGUAGCAGACGGCCCACGCGUAUCGUGCUGACACCAAAAUAUAAGCUUGAACUUCGACUCAGAUACAUAAUAGACACAACUGGACUAUUUUUCUUUAACAACACAUACUGCAGAAUGAGCUACGUGCCUAAGAAAAAUACAAAGAGUUAGGGAUCCUGAGACAUCAGCGUCUGUCUUCUGUGAGCAGGUGCAGGAGAGGGCCAGGACGUAACUGCUGACGGUUUUGGUGCAGUAAGGCGCAGCGGAGGGGCGAGCAGAGAGGCGAGCGCAUGAGGAGAGGGCGUCCCGAGACCCCCGUCUCCACACACCGCGCUCGCGCACACACGUUCACGGACACACCGCGUCUAGCAACCCUCCAGCCGCCAUGAGGUCCAUCCGGUCAUUCGGUAACGAUGACCGCCACGUCAUGGCGAAGCACUCCACCAUCUACCCGUCCUCUGAGGAGCUGGAAGCAGUGCAGAGCCUCGUCUCCACAGUGGAGUGCGCCCUUAAACAAGUGUCUGAUUGGUUGGACAAAUCUCAGUCUCAAGCCAGCCAAUCAAAUUCAUCCAGCACACAGGAGGAGGAGGCUGAGGCCGAGCCCAGCACAGACGAAUCGCCAGAAGACAGCACAAAUGAGGGCAGCAGCUGCAGUAAUGGUCCCACUGGCGGAGGGGUUUUAUGUGGGGUGAUGAGAAUCGGCCUGGUAGCCAAAGGACUCCUGAUUAAAGGCGACAUGGACCUGGAGCUUGUGCUUAUGUGCAAAGAGAAACCCACCGAGACACUGCUGUGUACUGUCUGUGACAACCUGCCCCAGCAGAUCGAGAAGUUGACAGAGGAGAAGUAUGAGGUACAGCGUUGUGUUCCUGAGGCGGCCAUCUUGGUGUGCACCACGACAGAACCAAAGCUCACACUGAAGGUGAUGCUCUCCUCUCCACAGUACAGAGAUGAAGCCGAGAUGGACGAACAAGAGAACGUUGAGUCGAGCGAGCCGGCGGACCUGUUGGAUAGACAGAGGUGCCUGCUGGCGUUGGCCUCUCUGCGACAUGCCAAAUGGUUCCAGGCUAGAGUUAACGGCUUAAAAUCGUGCGUGAUUGUCCUACGAAUACUGAGAGACAUGUGCAAUAGACUACCAGCGUGGGAACCUCUGAAAGGAUGGCCUUUAGAGUUAAUAUGCGAAAAGGCCAUUGCCACGUGUAACAGGCCUUUGGGUGCAGGUGAAGCUCUGCGUCGAGUCAUGGAGUGCCUUGCCUCGGGCAUACUGCUGCCAGGUGGACCAGGUCUACAUGAUCCCUGUGAGAAGGAACCAGUGAACACACUGUCUGCCAUGACAGAUGAGGAGUCAGAGGCCAUCACAUACAAUGCACAGCAAUCUCUGCGGCUUAUGGCUUUUGGGCAAAUCUAUAAAGUCUUAGAAAUGGAUCCUCUCCCCUCAAAUAAACCCUCACAGAAAUUCCUCUGGUCAGACAAAGACGGUCUAGGGUUGAAGAGACCGUAUGAAGAUGGUCUGCUAGAUGACAAAGACCUCAUCAAGAAGAUGAAACGCAACCUGAGAAAAGCAGUUCUUGACAGUAAAGCAAUAGACUCAAACCAACCCAUGAACGCUCUGAUGCGGUUGAACCAGAUCCGGCCGGGGCUGCAGUAUAAACUGCUGUCUCAGUCGGGUCCGGUUCAUGCCCCUGUCUUCACCAUGUCUGUAGACGUGGACGGCACCGUUUACGAAGCCUCCGGCUCUUCGAAGAAGACCGCCAAGUUGCACGUGGCUGUUAAGGUGCUUCAGGCGAUGGGAUAUCCCACAGGCUUUGACACUGACCUGGACUCCAUGAGUGCGGAUGAGAAGUCAGACGGGGAGGGAAAAGAAGCGACCACACAUUCAAGCAAUAACACAUCACACUCCUCAGACAGCUCCAACACACUGGAGGUGCGAACUCAGGGUCCUAUUCUGACGGCCAGCGGGAAAAACCCAGUGAUGGAGCUCAAUGAGAAACGGCGAGGCCUCAAGUACGAGCUCAUCUCCGAGAGCGGAGGAAGUCACGACAAGCGCUUUGUCAUGGAGGUGGAGGUCGACGGACAGAAGUUCCGCGGCGCAGGGCCCAAUAAGAAAGUAGCCAAAGCCAGCGCCGCCCUCGCCGCUCUAGAGAAACUCUUCUCUGGACCCAAUGCUGCUGGCAACAAGAAGAAAAAAAUCAUCCCUCAGAGUAAAGGUGCAUUAGCUGCAGCUGCUGCAGUAUCUGCGGUUGCCGCUCAGGCAGCACGGGGAAGAGGACGCCCUGCCCUCACGCGAGGAGCUUUUGUCAGCGCCGCAGCUCCGGGAUACGUCACGCCAGGAUUCGGAGCCCCCUACGGGUACAGCGCAGCAGCCGCCGCUCCUGCAUACGGUGGUCUUUUCAUUGACAAUCCCUUUUACCAGCCUCGGACCAUCGCUCCUUUUUUUAUUCACUUGGGUCCUCAAGAUCUCUUCUCUGACUUCUAGAACCAUCAGGUUGUGUGGCUUUAAAGUGUCGUACCACUCCAGGCUCGAACAGGCUGUCUCCACCGCACAGAAACGGCCCAAACUUCAUAUACUGUCCACCCAAACCCAUCCAUACCCUGAAUAUGGAUCCAAAAACGCAACUAUCUUACAAAAGCAAUAUUCUAUUUGACUCGCUCAUCCCGAAAACUGGCUGGGGACCUUGGUUCCUUCUUAUAUAGCAAUACACUUGAACUUCUUUGGGCUUCAGGCUUACUUGAGAUGAUGUGAAUGUUCAGUUGAGAUAAUCUUGACUUGGCAUUGCAAUAUAGUCAUUUUCAUUGUAUAUUUACCACGUGUGUAUGUGUGGCUAUAUCAUAAAUAUACACAUAUAUGCAUAUAUAUGUAUGGUCUGUGGCACUAUAAAUAUAUAUGUGUAGAUAUACCCAUGUACUUAUGUAUAUUUAUAUACAGUAUAUAUACAUAUUUGAAGUAUUCAUUAUUUUAGAUUUGGAAGUGAUAUGUAAACAUACUAGAAUAUAGCUUUCUUCCAGUUUUAUAUAUAUAUAAAUAUAUAUGCUAAGCAAUUUAAUCUUGUAAUUUAACCUUGUGAACAUGCAAUAUGAAAGCCCUUUUUAAAUCUAUCUGUAAUAGAUUAGAAAUGCUUCCUUCAUUGCACCUUGAGCAGCUUGACCAUUUUAUCUCACUAGCAAGCGUGCGUGUAUGUAUGCGCAUAUGCUCAGUCGACCAAAGUCUGCCAUUCUGGUUGGGUUAAGAAAUCGUCCUCCAAACAUGGCCACCGAGCAUCCAUACAUUUUCAGCUGUCCUUGACAGAAAUACAAACAGGUCUUUCAAAAGCACAUCUGACUGAGGUGCAUACUCGUACACACAUAAACUAGCACGUUUGUGUGAGCAGGUCUGACGGGCAGCUAGCGUGACCCAGUCACUCACUUUUUCUCGCAAAGCACAGCUAACUUUCCCGUAAUGCGGCAAGGUGGCCUUCCAUUUGAUUCUUCACGCAUUCUUGCAUACACACUCAGGCCUGUUUCACACCGUAAGAUAAAGUUAUUUUUUUGCAACAUUACAGCACAGAAAAAACAUUGUCGAUGUAAAAGCUCAAUCCAAGCUAUUGCAGAUACUGCAAUACCGGUUGCGGUGUGAAAACGAGCCUCAGUUUGGUGCAGCGGCAAGAGGUUGCUUUUUAACCUUUGCGUUUUUCUUCAGCAGGUCUGUUGUAGCGCAACUGUAGGCUAACUAAUUAACAACAACAACAAUUACUCCCAUAUAACAACAAAAGAGCACAGUAACCAGAAAAAAUGCGACUUAAGUGUGCUACAUGAAGCUAUUUAAUGCGAUUGUGAUUGUUUUACUAUAGUCUGAAUGCUUCUCGUUACGUAAUGAAAGUCACUUUAUAUACAGUGUAACAUUUCCUUGUUAUUUCACGUGUAAGGGCAGAUAAUGAAUUUAUUUCAUUGGUAAUGUAUUGAUGUUUGUAUGUCAAAAUAGUUUUGAUAUUUGAUCAACAGAAUGUCGCAAUUUCUCACUGAACAAUAACGUAGAUCACCAAAAGGAACGUUGAUGACACAGUUCACGUAUAUAUAUCUUACGCAUCACCUUAUAUUAAUCUCCCCAUGUAUUAAGUAAUAUUUUAACUGUUGUGUUUGAAUGUGAAACUGUAGCUUCUCAAAUAGGAAAAAGAUGGGAUAUAAAUCAAAUAAAUAUUACUAGUACUAGUUUAAUAGUAAUAGUAGAGUACAGUAUAGUUCAGUAAAAGCAAUAAAACAAUGUAAGCUUUAAUAUCCUUGGUUUUCAUAACGUGAUUUUUCUCUUUUUUCGUUACAUUUUCUUUAAAAGAAAUUAGUUUUUGUCCCUCUCAACCAGACGAGACUUCGUCAUUUUUGAACUAGAGAUGGUAAGUCUCUUAUGGGUAAGUUUUGUGUGGAAAUGCAAUAGUAAAGAUUGCAAUAGAUAAAGUAUUCGUUAGACAGCCUUUUUCUUUUUCAGCUUUACAAAUGAUCGUCAAACACACAAGCCCCUUUCCACGAUCUUACGUCACACCAGCAUUUAACAGAUUUCAACCAAAUAGGCUACAACUGCACGUCAAAGGCGAUGUAGGCGACAUAGUAAAGGCACCAUUUAAUGCUAAUAAUGCAAAACGUUCAAGACUGUUUGAGCUAUGCUAAUAUUUCAUCAAAUUUAGUUUAUGAAACAUAGGUUAUGACCGGUUUAACCAAGAUUAUAAAGAAUAGUUAUGACUCCUAAUUCUGAUUGGAUAAGCCGUCUUUAAAGCCAUUAUAAAAUGCGGUUAAACGCACAUUCUUCUGUAAAUGAAUGCUAUGCUUGGCAACCAUUAACAGCCUAUGCUUUUACAUAGUGAAUAAAUGUUUAUUAUGAUUAUUGAUAAAAAAAUUAACAUUGAUGCCUUUUAUAAUUUUGCUAUUGAUUUAUAAACUCGGAAAUCCACUCAAUACAAUGCCUUAUACCGUAAACAGUAAAAGCUGCUAAGUGAAAAAACUUUUAAAAUUACUUCAGUUUAUAAUACCCAAAAUAUUUAAACAUUUUUAACUCAAUUUUUCGCUCGUCAAAAAGUUUAAGUUGAAAGAACUUCUAGUUUUUAGGUGUUAAAAAUUGAAGUAAUUGAUCCAACUUUUGCUUUUUACAGUGUAUGAUGAUUUAACCAUGCAUAAGAGGAUUUUAGACACUACUUUAUGUAGGUAAAAUUGCUGUAAUGUAUGGUCUUGAGCGGCUUAUUAACACAUGCUAUGCUUUCUCACUCUUUCAAAUGUGUUGUAAAAUAUGUAUCAAAGUAUCAGAUUUGCGUAGUCAGCAAAGUUAUUCCAGGGACUUUUAUUAAUAAAAAGAUCCAAAUUCAUCCUAAAGCCAUAUAGUCCUUGCCUAACAUACAAAGUAGCUGCAUUGUUUUGCUGCAAUGCUUUAAAAGCAAUGAAAUAUUCUCCUGAAGUGCAACUAUCUCAUUCAUGCCUGCCUGCUACCCAGGUGGUGCUGGCAGCCAGAUGGUCUUCAUAAAUAUGUUGCGAGGAAUCAUAUUUUAGUUGAGUUUAAUUUUUAACUGCCGAGCUCAUCAGCUGCAUUUUGAAUAUUACUGGCACGUCGGGGGUUGCGGAAAAACACACGCACAGCUGCAUCUCUUGUGAAUGCACACGUAUGUCUGGAGGUGAUGCCUGAAAUGAAACUGCAAUAAAAGAGCCAGGGAGGUUUGCGAUCCCGCAGCGAACAUGCAAUGGAAAUAAAUUAAGCUUGGUGCAAUCGGAUUUCGUCAAAAAGAUUUUUUUUACCAUUUGGUGAUUUUGUUUUAUUUGCAAUCAGAAGCCAAAUGGAUCAUUCCAGGUACAGCAAACAUCUGCACCCCUCCUAAGCAUCCAACCAGUUAUUUGAAGUUAAUUUUACUAGAGCAGGAUUGGAUGAAGCUGUGGUGUAGUAGUUAGCAGAAGUGCUGGAUGGAUGUUGGAGCUGAUGCUUAUUUCAGUUUUGGCCCCAGAAUUUUUACUGUUUUGAGAAGAAUUUCAGAAUUGAGAUCACUUGGCUUUUUGAUGAUAGAAUUGUUUCGCCUCUGAUUGUUUAGAUUUUACACCAUUUAAGUAUUUAGGAUUAGUUAUAAAUUUCCAAAUAAAACUGUUUGAUAAAGUCGCCCAUAAAAGUGUUUGGACACCAAAGCCACACCUAAAAUGUCUUUACGUCAUAUAAAAUUUCAAGUAGUAUCUGAGAACAAAUUAUGCUAAACCUCUUACCUAAGCCAUGUUUGCUCGUGAACAAUGCUACAAAACUGAGAUCAAGGUUAUUUUAAUUAGAGAUGCACCAAUAUAUCGGCCAAUAAUCGGUAGAUAAAAGCAAUUUUUAACACUAUCGGUCAAUAGUUUAAAAAAACAGCCGAUAGUCAUGGCCGAUAUAUCCUGUCAAUCAAAAGAGAACAGAAAAAUUAAAUUAAUUUUUGCUCUGUGUAUAGAAAAUGUAUAACCAUUUUAAUGUUAAAUAUUAAUGGUCAGUAUAUGAAUAAAUAACAUUCAGAAAAUUAAAUCUUGAGAAUUUAGUUAAUAUAACCAACAAACUAUUGGCAUUGGUAUCGGCUGAUAUCACUAAGAAUAACCAUCUAUCAAUAUCGUUAGAAUAAUUUAAUAUCGGUGCAUCUCUAAUUUGAAUGUAUGUAUGUAUAUUUCUCUGAAGGUCUCAUGGGUCAUCUAGAAGAAUAACCACUGAACACGGUAUAUGCAGUAAUAUAGCUCAGCAUGCCACUAAUUGACAUAUUUAACUAAUCUGAGACAAACAUGCUUUUUGGUUGUUUAACCCGUUAUUUAAUAUAAAUUGCACACAUGGUGUAUAUUAUUUUAUAUAUUGCAAAAAAGGGUAACAUUUUAAAGUUUGCUUUGUGCUUUGGUAUCUGUUAAAGUGAUAGUUCAAACAAAAAUAAAGUAUUUUUUUAUCAUUUUCAAAUCAGUAAAAGCACUCAUUACUGCUAUCCAAGGUUUCUAUUUGCAUAAAAUGAUAAAGAGUAAAUGAUAACAACAUUUUUCUUUUUUAUCAAUCCAAAAGUAGCCAAUCACUAUAUAUUUGUUGUUAAAACAGAAUAAAAACCAUCAGGACAAUUGUUUUCAAGUACUCUUAUUUUUAAGUUAAAGAACAGACUGACAAAACUUUAUAACGUGCUUAUUACAAUAUUUGAAAAAUUACCCUGUUGAGAAAGAAAGGGACUUGUGUGUGAGACUAGAGUCGAUAAAAUCAGCAAAGAUUCAGUUUGAGAGCUUCUGAUUUACAUGCGAAAAUAAAGAUCCAGUUUCAGCUUAAAGAAGCUUUGCGAAAGGAAUUGCUUAAGCGAAUGUUUUCUGCACUUCUCCAGUCUCAUCCUGCAGAUGGGUAUAGACAGCAUUUGAGCUCGUUCAUAAGAUAGCAGGGAUCUUUAAGUUUAAAUCAAGUGAACGGGCAAUAAAGCCAUUAUUACGUUUGGAAUGUAUUCUGUGUUAUCAUAGAAAAGCAACAUGUUUGUAGAGACUUCCAAAUAUAUUGAUAUGAAUGAUUUACUUUUUAUUUUUGGGGGGCUUGCUUCUGCCCAUUUUUUAUUUCACUUAUUUAUACCUGUUAUGAGCAUGGCAGAUUUCUUGCUUGCGUGCUCUAUCGGAGAUCUGUAAAUACUUUUCUCAAAGCGGAUUGCAGGUUAAAGCAGUCUGUGGGAUUCUUAGUUAUAAAUUUCACAACUUUUAUGUAUCUUGGCAAAUAAUAUAAACAAAAAAUCUAGAUUUAAGAUAUUAUCAAGGGUAAUAAUAUAAUGUGAAUUGGUGAUUGUGCACAAUUUCUGUGAGCAAGCAGUGCUUGAACAUGACAGCAGUAGAUGUUUGCUAGCCGUGGUAUCAAAUUAUGAAAUUAUAGUGGUUUGUCUGUCACCUUAUUGCCAUAAAUUAUGCUUUCAAAAUAAAGUGCUGAAUCUCUAUGAAGUGUAAACCUUUUUUUAAAAAAAAAUAAAUAUAAAACAAACCUUUG